UCCUGGCUAUCAAGCAGAGCUUCAAAAAGACAUUUCUCCUGAGGAGCAGCUCCUCUCCCAGCCCAGCAGGGCUGAGGGCACUGCCUGCAGGUACCUGAGAGCAGUGGAGAAGACAGAAGCUCAAAGCACCUGCAAGGACAAUUCUGAGAUCAUCAAUGGAGAAAUCUUCAGCACUUCUGGCACAGUCAGUCUCUGGCUGCAGGGAUCUGCUGAAGCUGACCCAGGACAGCACUGAUGUGACUCUCCCCGUGGCCAGAGACAGCAAAUGUCCAACAGCAGCUCCAUCAGCCACUUCCUCCUGCUGGCAUUGGCAGACACGCGGCAGCUGCAGCUCCUGCACUUCUGCCUCUUCCUCGGCAUCUCCCUGGCUGCCCUCCUGGGCAACGGCCUCAUCAUCAGCGCCGUAGCCUGCGGCCACCACCUGCACACGCCCAUGUUCUUCUUCCUGCUCAACCUGGCCCUCACUGACCUGGGCUCCAUCUGCACCACUGUCCCCAAAGCCAUGCACAAUUCCCUCUGGGACACAAGGACCAUCUCCUACUCAGGAUGUGCUGUUCAGCUAUUUAUGCUUGUCUUCUUCCUUGGAUCAGAACUUGCCCUCCUUACUGUCAUGUGCUACGACCGCUACGUGUCCAUCUGCAAACCCCUGCACUACGGGACCCUCCUGGGCAGCAGAGCUUGUGCCCACAUGGCAGCAGCUGCCUGGGCCAGUGGCUUUCUCAAUGCUCUCAUGCACACGGCCAAUACAUUUUCCCUGCCCCUGUGCCAGGGCAAUGCCCUGGGCCAGUUCUUCUGUGAAAUCCCACAGGUCCUCAAGCUCUCCUGCUCACACUCCAGCCUCAGAAAAUUGGGGCUUCUUGCUGUUAGCAUCUGUUUAGCUUUUGGUUGUUUUGUGUUCAUUGUUUUCUCCUAUGUGCAGAUCUUCAGGGCUGUGCUGAGGAUCCCCUCUGAGCAGGGACGGCACAAAGCCUUUUCCACCUGCCUCCCUCACCUGGCCGUGGUCUCCCUGUUCCUCAGCACUGCAGCCUUUGCUUACCUGAAGCCCCCCUCCAUCUCCUCCCCAUCCCUGGAUCUGGCCCUGUCAGUUCUGUACUCGGUGGUGCCUCCAGCCCUGAACCCCCUCAUCUACAGCCUGAGGAACCAGGAGAUCAAGGCUGCAGUGGGGAGACUGAUGACUGAAUGCUUUCAGAAAUACUAA